UAUUAUUUAUUUUUCUAAAUAAAAAAAUAUUUAUGAAUUAAUAUUUAUAUUAGAAUAAAACGUAUAGAAUUUCACAAUUAUGAUUUAGUUCUAAAUUAUCGUUGAGAAUUGCUUAAAAAUAAUUUCUAUUGUUUUUAUAAAUUUUUAAAUGAAUGUCAAUAUCGCGUUUAAAAUUUCUUAGAUGGGUCUUUAAUUUAUAACAUAAAUAUACUUAACAGUGGUUUAAUCUUUUUACCAAUAAUUGUGUAUUACAGAAUUACAUAUAGGUAUUUAUGUAUAAACUAAUAAAUGAAGAAAAUAAAAUAAAAUUAUGAAUUAGAAAAUUAUGGGUGAAGAAAUGGAUUCUACAAGUGGCACUUUAAAUAGUUUAUUUUCAUUUACUAGCCCAUCUGUAAAAAAGCUUCUUGGUUGGAAACAAGGUGACGAAGAAGAAAAAUGGGCAGAGAAAGCAGUUGAUGCACUCAUGAAAAAAUUGAAGAAAACUAAAGGAGCUACAGAGGACUUACAGAAAGCUCUUAGCUCACCUGGUCAGCCUAGUAAAUGUGUUACCAUUCCAAGAAGUCUUGAUGGUCGAUUACAAGUAUCUCAUAGAAAAGGUCUUCCACAUGUUAUAUAUUGCCGAGUAUGGCGUUGGCCAGAUCUUCAAUCGCAUCAUGAACUCAAGGCUGUUGACCAUUGUCAAUUUCCAUUUUCUGCUAAACAGAAAGAUGUUUGCAUUAAUCCAUACCACUAUCAAAGAGUUGAGAGUCCAGUUUUACCACCAGUAUUAGUUCCUCGUCAUAGUGAAUAUGCACCACCUUCACAAUCACCAAUUCAGCAAUACCAACCACCAGUAGAUAUUGGUAUGCCAAUAAAUGUUUCUAUAAGUACAGAUGGCUUUCCAGAAAGUGUGCUUAUUCAAAAUGCUGAUACCAUUAAUGUUCCUAAUCAAAUUUCCUCUGGAAACACAUUGAAUCCAUUCUCUGAUUCAUCAGUAAUUGAUAAUGAAACUUUUCCUUUACCAGAUGAUCUCAAUAAAAAUAAUAUUGUUGAAAAAACUCAUGUUGAAGAUAUUGAUGGAAUUCCAAUUAUAUAUCAGGAACAACCAUGUUGGGCAAGUAUAGCAUAUUAUGAACUUAAUUCAAGGGUUGGUGAAGUUUAUCAAUGUCAUUCACCUCAUAUAGUCGUUGAUGGUUUUACAAAUCCUAGAAAUGAUUUAAAUCGUUUUUGUCUUGGUCAGUUAUCAAAUGUAAAUAGAAAUUCUACAAUUGAGAAUACUAGACGUCAUAUUGGAAAAGGUGUUCAACUAUAUUAUGUCGGUGGAGAAGUUUUUGCUGAAUGUUUGUCAGACUCGGCUAUAUUUGUGCAAUCACGUAACUGUAAUCAGCAUCAUGGAUUUCAUCCAUCAACUGUGUGCAAAAUACCACCGGGUUGCUCAUUACGUAUUUUUAAUAACCAAGAAUUUGCAGGCUUGCUUUCACAAUCAGUUAAUCAUGGUUUUGAAGCUGUUUUUGAAUUAACUAAAAUGUGCACAAUACGUAUGUCAUUUGUAAAAGGUUGGGGUGCCGAUUAUCAUAGACAAGAUGUCACUAGUACUCCUUGUUGGAUUGAGUUACAUUUACAUGGACCACUUCAAUGGCUAGAUAAAGUACUUACACAAAUGGGCAAACCUCAUGAUGCUAUCACCUCACAUUCAUAGACAUACUGACCCAUGAUUAAGUAUUUUUAUUUAGGGCAAUUGCUAUCUUACAAAUAUUAUGGGACUAAAAAUUUGUAUGUAAAAAAACCUUUUUUUGGCUUUUCACUUAAAUAGAAUAUAAAAAAGCAAUAUAUUUACCGAUUUUAUAUAAAAAUUGUUUGGGUUGUGAAGUAACUCGCUUCUUAUAAGACUGGCUCUGUAUAUAUAAUAGACUGACAAAAAUUGACUCUUUUAUACAAGGUGAUCAGUUUAUCAUAAACCACUAUUUUAUAUUUAUAUUUUUCGAUUACUUACAAAAUAAAUGUAAUAUUAGAAAAACAAUUUUUGAUUUCUUUUAGUUACAUAUAAUGUUUUAUUUAUCACCAAGAAAUUACUUUUAAGAUUAAUCUUUUAUAACUUAAAGGGAUAUCAGUUUAAUUUUUUUAAUGGCAACAUAUAUUUAGCUAGCUUUAAAAUAGGAAAUAAUUUAAUUAAGAAAAUGACUGGUUGAUAACAACUAUUGGACCAGUAUUUCAGAAAUUACUAAAAAUUUACAGUAAUGAAUGAAUGUGAGGAAUGGGUACUGUUAUUUUCAUCGCUAGUUAUUUGGCAGUCAUACACUUCGUCCCACUUAAGUAUAAAAAUGAGAAUAAUAUCUAAAGUACUGGUCCAAAAGUUGUUAUCGAUCAGUCGUUUUCUUAAUUAUAUAAUUUUCAAUUUUUUAGGCUAAUUAAAUUUCGUAUAUUACUAUUAAAAGAAGUAAGUUGACACUAAUAAAAAAAUACUAUUCAAAAGGAAUUGGAUGAGUAAAAAGUAGUUAUUAGCCAAUAAAUCAAUAAUAAAUGUAACUAUAAAACCAAAUUUUUUUUUUCAAUAUUGUAUUUAUUUUGAGAGUAAUCAAGUGGUUUAUGAUAAAUAAAUUACUGAUAAAAUAAAUAAUAUAUUGAAAAAAAUUUGAUUUUUUUGUUACAUGUACAGGGAUAUAAUUUAAUAUUAGCCAUAAGAUUUCUCUUAAAAUAAUAAUGUAGAUAAAAUUAUUUUUGGUAAUUUUUAGUUUCCAAUAAUAACAAUUUAUUAAUUAUAAACUAAAUUAAUUUUUUUUAAUAGUAAUAUUUAACUAUUUUAUUUAGUUAAAAAAAUUAUGAAAACAACAAACAACUUUUGAUACAGUACUUCAGAAGUUAUUAAAAAUUGUAAAUAUAGUGGAUAUAUGUUACAGGUUGUUAUUUUGCAUUACUUUGCCAUAUUCUACUCUACUGUAAAUUUAAAAAUUUAUAAUUUCAGAAAUUCUCGUUCCAAAAGUGUUACAAACCAGUCAUUUUUUUAAUUAGAUUAUUUUCAAUUUUAUAAUUUAAUUAAUUAUGUAUGUUUACAUUUAAAAAAUUAAGUUGUUAUCCUUAAUAUAGUUGAGAAUUCUAUAGUAGUUACUUGAAAAAAUACAUUUUUUUCUUCCAUUUUUGUAGAUAUGCCAUUUUUUAUCCAAGUUACAGAUUUAUUUUGAGAGUAAUAAAGUGGUUUAUGAUAAACUAAUUGCCUAUAAAUAAAAUAAAGAAAUUUAAUUGCAUUACACAAUUAUCCUUUUCUUUUAGAUAUUUGUAAAUAACAUUUAUGCUUAAAUAAGAAUAAGGGGACUAUUAAGAGUAUACAUUUUUUACAAGGAUGUAUUAUUAAUAAAACAUCUUUUAAAUCUAAAAAAUUGAUCUUAUGGUACUUGUAAUUUCUCCAAUAAAUGGUUAAUUCAGAUUUUAAUUUGGCAAUCAUAUAUAUAGUAUUUAUAAUUCUCUUAUAUAAGUAGGUAAUUAAUACUAGAUGCUUAUUAUGUGAUAAAUUUUUAUGGCCUACGAUAUUAUAAUUCAACAUUUUUUUAUAAUAUCUAUUUUUUUCCCACGUGUAUAUACAGGUUGAAAUAGAUAUAAUUAACAAUUUGUAAAACUUUUGAUACAAUUAACAUUUUAUUGUAAUUUUUUUUUAUAUAUAACCUAUGUAAUCUUAGAAUGUUAAAGUCGAUUUUAUUUGAUUUUUAACAAUCUUAAUACGAACAAUUAAUAUUCAAAAAUCAUACUGGAUGAUUCCUUAAUUUCAUCUCACAAAAUAUCUUCAAAAAUAUUAGACCAAUAAGGUAUAAGGUAUUAUUCCAAAAAGGAUUUUAUUUAUACAACUAUUAUUUUAAGAGAAAUCUAUUAAAUAUUGAAAGAAAGACUGUAUAUAUAUAUAUUUUUUUUUACGAGUUUACUAGUCUUGUGUUCUAGUCAUAUUAAUAGAAGUAA